AUGAAAGUUCUAAUCACCAACGAUGAUGGGCCCUUGAGCGAUCAAUAUUCGCCAUAUAUCAGAAUAUUCGUGCAGUACCUUCUCAAACAUACUGACUGGGACAUCUACAUCUGCAUUCCAAACCAACAGCGGUCAUGGAUCGGCAAGGCACAUUUUGCAAACCACAAUCCAACAGCAUCUUUUAUCUAUUCAAGCCCAGAUGCAAAGACUAACGAGUUCGUUGGACCCUUUUCCGUUCCCCAAUUUAAAAGAUUGACCAAGCUAUCCCAUGCUGUUCCAGACCAGAAAAAGACAGUCGUUCCCGAAAACUACAUUGAAUGGUGUUUAGUCGAUGGAACUCCAGCUACUUGUAGCGAUAUUGGAUUGAACCAUUUGAUUCACGAGCCAUUUGACGUCAUUAUCUCGGGUCCAAAUGUCGGCAGAAAUGCGUCUGCCCCAUAUAUCGGCUCCAGUGGUACAGUUGGUGCAGCAAUGGACGCAUAUACGACAAAUCCUUCCGUUAAAUCGUUCGCUCUAUCAUGGGCUUAUUUUGAUGGCGUUAAGAUUGUAGACGAUGCCAUUUUCGAACAAGUGUGCGGUAAGAGUUUCGAAGCCAUCGACUAUCUAAUUAGAAAUUGGGACUCUGAUGUUCGGAUAUAUUCAUUGAAUGUCCCGCUUCGCGACUUGUCCAAUGCCAAGUUCAAAUACUGCCCUAUUUUGGAGUCAACAUGGUGCUCCAUCUACUCCGAUCCAAUUCUAACACCUAACGUAUCCCCAUCUAACGAGGAUAUCUUGGACGGUCACCAAUCCCAUACGAUCUCGUUUAAUUGGCAGCCAAACUUCAAGCUACAAAGAGAAAAUAUGAUCAACGAAAAGUCCCUAACAGAUGGUUCGUGUAUCGAACAAGGUGAUAUCAGUGUUACUCCAUUGUCACACACAUUUAAGGUUAUCGAAAAAUUGUUCGGCGAGUUCCAAUUAAAUGACCCAGCUAGAAUCGUCUUGACAAUCCCGGAUACUGACUAUAUAUACCAGCCAUUGAUGCACUCAUUCAGAAAACACUUACCUAACAUUCCAGUAUCGCGCAGUUUACCUGUAACAAUGGAUAAAUUGACCUUCCACUACGGUGAAUACGAACAAUUGAACAUGGAUCAAUUGAUGUCCAACGACUUUUACCACGCAAACGCAUACAUUUACAGAAAAGCAAUCAUAAGAAAACAUUACUUGUCUCACACUAUUCACUCUUACGUGGUGAAAAACGAAGACUCGAUCCUAAAUAAGGCAUUCCUUGAAUCCUUCAAUAUCGACGUGGACUAUGCCGAAUUCUUGGACGAUGCCUUAGACGAAAAUUGGGAACUUAGACAGGAACUUGAAUCUAAACAAAAGUGGUGGAUUUUGAAACCAAGUAUGAGCGACAAGGGCCAAGGAAUCCGUAUCUUCAAAACAAUCGAGCAAUUGCAAGAUAUAUUUGACUCCUUCGAAGAAGACGAAACUGACGAUGAAGAUGUUGGUCAAGACUCAAAUAAAGUUGUUACUUCUCAAUUGCGUCACUUUAUCGUUCAAGAAUAUUUGCAUAAUCCUUUGCUACUAAGCGAUAUGCAUAGUAGGAAAUUCCAUAUUAGAUGUUAUGUUACCUGCUACGGAGAUUUGCAGGUCUAUGUUUAUGAUAGGAUGUUGGCCCUUUUUGCCCCAAGCAAGUUCGUACCACCAUCCGAUGAUUAUAAUGUGCUUGACAACUCACAGCUCUCGUGCCAUUUGACAAACACUUGUUUACAAAAUGACGAUGAAAGCAAAUCGAACUCUGUUGUAGAGUUUACUAAUUUGGAUGAUAUACCUCCUCACAGAAAAGAAGAGAUCAAGGAACAAAUUCACGAAAUAGUAGCAGAAUUAUUCAAAGCGGCUGUUAAUGUUGACCGCAUGAACUUCCGUCCGUUGAAAAACUGUUUAGAAACUUACGGAUUCGAUUUCCUUGUGGAUUCGAACUAUCAAGUGAAAUUAUUAGAAGUAAAUGCUUUCCCAGAUUUCAAACAAACGGGUGCUGAAUUGAAAGGAUUGAUUGAUGAAUUAUUCGAUGAUAUCGUCUCAAUAUGUGUCAGACCGAUGUUCAAGUUACCGCCACUUAACCAUAAGAAUUCAAAAUUCACAGAAGUUCUAAAACUGCAGUCAAACGACUGGUAA